CCACAAAUCUCAUUAUCUCCCCUCAUUCCUCUCUCUCUCUCUCUCUUUCUCUCUCUCACAUUAAAUUCCGCCAUUGUUAACCAGAGAGAAGGAAAUAUAUCACAAGCUGAGAGCUCCCAUUCGUUUUCCCCUCCAAUCUUUUCCCUCUUCCUUCCAUCGAAGGAAGAAAGAGGCGAAGAGAGAGACCAGGAAAAAAAUAGACAUAUUACAACUUUUUUUUAUAGCAUCGAUAAGCCUAAAUCCCUAAUUCCUCAAAUUUGAAUUUUUUUUUGCUCUGUUUCGGAAGCCAUGGCGACGGAGAUCUUGAGGCCUCAGGAUUGUUUGACCCAGCGGAUCAGAGUCCCUCCCUGUCGCCGUAGAAAUUUUCAUUACCACGGCCACGCCAACAACGGAAAUGGAAGCGUUAACAAUCAUUCUAGCAAUAGCAGUAGCAACAGCAGCAGCAGCGGUAUACCUUCUUCUAACCCUAGGUUUAACAGGAAGCCUGCAGCGGCCGGGCAGAAGUCGGUCGACCACCAGAGGAAGCGCCAUCAGCCGGAGCCGUCCAUCUCGAAGAGAUCGACCUCCGCCGAUGACUUGAGGAUCCCUUCCUCGAAGAAUCACCACCACCAGAGCCGCGGCCACAAUCACAGCCACAGCCACAGCCUGGUGAUGGAUAAGGUGACGAUUCUCAGGCGAGGCGAGCUGCUCGAUUCCAGAACCGUCGCUGGUGGUGGAGAACCGAGUUCUUCGGUCGUGGCGAACGGUACGGAGAGGAUUGGACCGUGUCCCGAGGCGGUGCCGAGGCAGAUCCGAAUCACCGACGCGAGGCCGCCGCCGCCGCCCUUGGCUACGCGGAAGUGCGACGUGUACGCCGGAUCGGCGUUCGCGAUGUCUCCCGCUCCCAGCGCGCUCCCGCUGCCGUCGUUCUCGAAGAAGCAGGUUUCCGUCGACGACUCGGCUACCAGGGACCUCCGACGCUUGCUCCGGCUGGAUCUUUGAAAUCGAAGGAUUUUAGAGAUCUCGCUUCAGAUUCACAAAAGAAAAAGAAAAAGUCAUCUGUUCUCAUAUGCGUCGCCGGCCGAGCAGCUCGCCUGAGAUUUCUCCGGAUUUUCCCGAUCUGGAACCUUCCUCGUGAAUAUUUUUUCUAAAAGCGGGGGGCUGAUCGGGAAUUCUGGAAAGUUUGGGGGAGCUAAUCGGUUAUUUUUACGGGGGCGUUGGUAUUAAGGUAAUGGAAUUACGGGCUAAUUAGUGGGCGGGUGGUGUUACUGGUAAUUAGUGGAAGAUUACGAGGUGUAAGGGUGGGAGUUAACUAAUCUGGGGGAAAUAAUAAUAAAAUGAUGGAAGAAAUAAAAGGAGAAUGGGUUUGUUUGUAAUGUUUGGAGAAGUGGGUGGGGGGUUUUGUAAUUUGUUGGCAAGUGGGGGGGUUAUAUGUGAAUGUGGGGAAAAAUUAGUGGAUGUUUGUUAUUUUUUUUUUCUUUUCUUUUUAUCUCUUUUUGGGGUGGGGGGUGCUUUCUUGUGAACUUCGAGAGAAGGAAUAUGUAAAAUUUCUUACUGAUUAUUGUAAAAAGUAAGAUUGAAGAUAAUUUUAGAGGGGAGAAGAGAAAUGGAUUAAUAAUUGGGGAACAUGAUUUAUCUCAAUAUAAUUUCCCACCUAAUAAUUGUAACAUAAUAUUAUCACUAUUACUAUCAUUAAACAUGAUAAUAGUCAACGUUACACAUAUCAUUUCAUCUCUGGUUUUGAUUUAAUGAUUAUUCAUAAGAGUAAUAAAAUUGGAUAAAAAAUUGAUAUAAUCAAUGAAUCGAAUGUGGCCUUGGUCAUAUUUCCCCUUAUAUUGGUUGUCGAUUUCCAUGGACUGGACAUAAGAGAAGCAUUGAUGUCUCUCACGAGAACUGUAUGAACAUAUCAAAGGGUGAAGUGGUUGAAGUUAUUUAAUAGUUCUGCGUACGAGUGGCAUACACGAAUUUGAUUCACGAUUUGACAAGGAUUGAUUCAUAAAUAAUCUUAAUCGUUAUAGGUGAUGAUUGAUGGGAGUGAAAUGUAGGCCGAUGAAGUUUUUAUAUGAACUUAUUUGGAUGUGAGAUUGGUGAGUUCUGAGUUAUUCGAAUGGCCUACACUCUGAAUUUCACAUAACAUGACAAAUUGUAGUUUUUUAUACUUUAUACAAUCAAAUAAUCAUCAUAUUUUCAAACACGCCAUAUACCAACCAUUGAUUUCUAAAGGAGAAAAACAAAAAAUAUUUGUAGACUAUUACUAUUGAUUAUUAUAUUGUGUAAUGUCCUUGGGAUGCCUAUUAUAAAAUACUAAUUGUAUUAAAGUCACAAAAAACACCAUUUUUCCUACAAUCGGUUGACGGAGUAACGACAAUUUUUAUACGUAUGAAAGUGAAAUCACAUGCGUAAAGAGGUUGGGUCUCUAAGGACAUAUGACUAGUGACUUUAUUUUCUCUAUGGAUGAAUACUUUUUUGGGUCGUUUCAAAGUUGGGAUUUUCGUUUUCCAAAUUGAUGUAUUUAAUCAAUUUUUCUUGUAAUUUGAUAAAUUGUGUCAAUGUAUAAAUAUGAAAAAUACAUUAUUUGAAGGUUGAAUGUUUUGGUGGCCUCUCACAAAUUUAGGAAGAAAAAAUGAUUGAUUAACAAUCUCAGCUUUUAUCAGAUUGUCGAUCAUCCAUAAUGAAUAAUUCUGGUGGGUCCAUCUUCUGCUCAAAUACAUGUACUUUGUUUCAUUUUAAGACAAAAGAACAACGAAUUCUCUAAUUACAGGUACUGUUUGAACACAUCAUAUGAAAUCACAACUUCCAAACGAAAGUGACAAAAUGAAAAGUUUGUUUGAGU